GUGACGGCGGGGCCCGUGCGGCGGCGGCUCCGCCCCGCAAGGCCGAAGCUGAGACGGAAGGAGCUGCCGCCGCAAGCGGCCACCGACGUCUGCUCUUGCUGCCGGAGCCUGCCAUGGCGCUUUGACCCAGCCCCAGCCGCACCGACAGCCGCCGCUCCGCACGCUUCACCGGAGUGCCCAGAGCAGCCUCGUCCGCGCCGGGGCCGGGAAGGGGGGUAAUGGGCAGAGCGAGCGGCGCCAGCCGGCAGGGCCGCUGCUAGGAGCCCGGCGGGCAUGGGAGAGCGGUGCUAGGGACCCCCUUCCCGCCCGCGUCGUGUAGCUCGGCCGCAGCGCAGAGGCCCCGUCGCCGCCGCCCAGGAGCAGGAGGCCGAGAGAGGGGAGCAGCGGGCGGCGCCCGGCCGCCGCAGCCCGCCAUGGCCCACUCGCCCGUGGCGGUGCAAGUGCCCGGCAUGCAGAACCAUCGAGCAGACCCAGAGGAGCUCUUCACAAAACUGGAGCGCAUUGGCAAGGGCUCAUUUGGGGAGGUCUUCAAGGGCAUCGAUAACCGCACCCAGCAAGUGGUUGCCAUCAAAAUCAUAGACCUGGAGGAGGCAGAGGAUGAAAUAGAAGAUAUCCAGCAGGAGAUAACUGUGCUGAGCCAGUGUGACAGUCCCUAUGUCACCAAGUACUAUGGGUCCUACCUAAAGGGCACAAAACUAUGGAUAAUAAUGGAGUAUUUGGGUGGAGGCUCCGCUCUGGAUCUUCUUCGUGCUGGCCCCUUUGAUGAGUUCCAGAUUGCUACCAUGCUAAAGGAAAUCCUGAAAGGUCUUGACUACCUACACUCAGAGAAGAAAAUUCACAGGGACAUUAAAGCUGCCAAUGUCUUGUUGUCAGAACAAGGUGAUGUUAAGCUUGCUGACUUUGGGGUUGCUGGACAGCUGACAGACACACAAAUUAAGAGGAAUACCUUUGUUGGAACUCCUUUUUGGAUGGCCCCUGAAGUUAUUCAGCAGUCAGCCUAUGAUUCCAAGGCUGACAUCUGGUCGCUGGGAAUCACUGCAAUUGAACUAGCCAAAGGGGAGCCUCCCAACUCCGACAUGCACCCCAUGAGAGUUCUCUUCCUCAUCCCAAAAAACAAUCCUCCAACUCUGCUGGGAGAGUUCAGCAAACCUUUCAAAGAGUUCAUUGAUGCCUGUCUGAACAAGGACCCAACGUUUCGCCCUACUGCGAAGGAGCUCUUGAAGCACAAGUUCAUCAUCAAGAAUGCCAAGAAGACUUCCUACCUGACAGAGCUGAUCGAUAGGUUUAAGAGGUGGAAAGCAGAGGGACAUAGUAGUGAUGAAAGUGACUCUGAAGGCUCAGACUCGGAGUCCAGUAACAAGGAGAACAACUCUCACCCUGAGUGGAGCUUCACUACAGUCCGAAAGAAGCCAGAUGCAAAGAAGUUGCAGAACGGGACGGAUCAGGAUCUUGUUAAAACCUUGAGUUGCUUAACCAUGAUAAUCACCCCUGUGUUUGCUGAGCUCAAACAGCAGGACACAAAUAAUGCAAGCAGAAAGAAAGCAAUUGAGGAACUUGAGAAAAGCAUCAACAUGGCAGAAGCAGCAUGUCCAGGAAUCACAGACAAGAUGGUGAAGAAGCUUAUGGAGAAAUUUCAGAAGUUUUCUGUUCAUGACUCAUCCUAAGAACCUUCCCUAAGUGACUGCUGUUUCAUAUGGACCCAGUGAAACCCACCAAAACUACUUCAGGCUUGGCAGUGCUUAGCUCAUGUGCCUUUUUGGAUCUUUGCAACAGAUAACUGAUGGCGAUUUGAGGAUUGGAGGAACCUGCUCCAACUCUUCUGUGGCAGUGCACAUGGUUUUAUAUAUUUUCAGGAAAUUAUUUUGUAAAGAACAACUUUUAAUAUUGUAGUUUCACCUGUUUGGGGGUGGGGGGAGGAGGGGAGGGGAAACAAGAACAGCUGAGGGGAAAAACACCCACGUCCAGGUGCAGUUCUGCUUUUAGGAAUAGGACCACAUCUUUAGUUACUUUAGGAAGUGCAAGUCCAGUAUGGUUUUGGAUGCUGUUUUGUUCCUGUACAUGGGGGGGCUGUGCAGGCCUCCUUUUGUGUUAAUGAGUUCCAAAAAUUCCUCACCUCUUUGUUUCUUUUCCUUUUUGUGAAUCACUAACAGAGCUUCAGAGAAAAAAAUCAACUUUUUGGUUUGGGGUUGGUUGGUUAUUUUUGUUCUCACGUUAGACAACCUAGCAGCAAGGGGAUGGCUGCAGCACCUGCUUCAACCAGCACCUGUGCCCUGGCAAAAGGAACCUGCCAGAGCACUUCUGAAGUGGUUUCUCAUUGGUACAGGAUUUUUAGGCAGCUCUAUGAUGAAGUCUGUUUGAGAGCAAUAUGUCCUUAGUCCGCAGGUGAUAUGUAGCAACAGGUUAGCUCCUGAUGUACAGUCCUAGCUGAUACCUUCUACACACAGCUUUGGAAGUAGGAAUUCAACCUUUUAGCAUCAUAAAACCACAACCUAGAGCAAUACAGUGGAGGGGGUGGGGGCUUUUGGCAAUAAUGGACAAAACCUGAAGUCCAAUUUCCACUUCAUACUUUGUUGUUGGUUUUUUUGUUUGUUGUUUCCUUCUUUUUCCCUUCGGGUGGAAAUGAGACAGAGGAGAAGCUGAGCUGGGUGGGAGGGAGCAGGAGAAGCUGAGCUGGGAGGAAGGGAGGCAGAGAAGCUGAGCUGGGUGGCAGGGAGCAGGAGAAGCUGAGCUGGGUGGCAGGGAGCAGGAGAAGCUGAGCUGGGUGGAAGGGAGGCAGAGAAGCUGAGCUGGGUGGAAUGGAGCAGGAGAAGCUGAGCUGGGUGGAAGGGAGGCAGAGAAGCUGAGCUGGGUGGAAGGGAGGCAGAGAAGCUGAGCUGGGUGGAAGGGAGGCAGAGAAGCUGAGCUGGGUGGAAGGGAGGCAGAGAAGCUGAGCUGGGUGGAAGGGAGGCAGAGAAGCUGAACUGGGUGGAAGGGAGGCAGAGAAGCUGAGCUGGGUGGAAGGGAGGCAGAGAAGCUGAACUGGGUGGAAGGGAGGCAGAAGCUAAGCUGAGCUGGGUGGAAGGGAGGCAGAAGCUGAGCUGGGUGGAAGGGAGGCAGAGAAUAGCUGACAAGCAGGUAUAAAACUUAACACCAGCCUUUCUGUGUGGUGGGCUUUAGGGUUUUUUUUCUCCUGUAAGAUAAUUAAUCCACUUUGAGGUGUGUGUUUGGGGAGGUUGAAGUAUUUUUUUGGUUCUUAAAGACAUUAAAUAUCCAGCAACACCUUUUGGGUUCAUUAAUGAUUUUUGCUGGGGGGGGGGGGGGGGUGUGCUGAUAAUUUUCUGGAGGGUGUAUUGUCAGUGUGUAUUUUACCAGUCCAUAUGCAGAUAACCUGAGUUAUAGAUACUCUUUCACACCAAGGUAGUACUGUGCAGUAUGCAGUGGUUUGUUCUGAGGGAGAGGGGUGGGAGUGGGGGGGCUUUGGUUUGGUUUUUAUUCAUCCUUAGUUAAGGCUUUCAGUUCUAUAUUUAUGGUACUGCUAGAUAAGUAAUAUCUUCAUUUCUUGUUCAUUUUGUUGGGGUCUUUCCCCACCUCCACUCACAUAUAUAUAUAUAUUCCCCCCCCACACCACCCCCAGUAUGUAUAUUAUGCUGAAGUUUUUAAACUGGGAUCAUUUGGUUUCUUCUUUUCACUACUUAGCUGUGCAACCAUUGGGUGUAAAUGUUGAAUGUCUUUUGUUUCUGUGGGCUGAAGGCUGGGUGUGGUUUAUUUUAUGGUUCAAACCUGCACAUUGUUGAUUUUAGUUUUGUUUUAUUUUGGUUGGAGGUUUUUUUUUUUUGCACAAAAAGUCUUUUCUUUUUUUUGAUGUUUUAAAGGCUCAGAAAAGAUAAUCUGCCAAAUAUUAAAGGAGAUGUGCAAGGAAGCAACUGCAUUUUGAGUCAAAAUGUUGCCAUUACCUUGGGUUUGUUUCUUAUUUUAUAUAUAUAUAUAUAUAAAGGACAGUUGGGAGAGAUGGUGGUUAGAUAUGCCAAGGACAAUUCUUUUCAAUGGUGCCUACACUGUAAAAAACAACAGCAACAAAAACAGAAAGAAAUUACUUUUAAACUCCUGGUUUUAAUUUAACAGAAAGAAAAAAGUUUCUGUUAGAACUUCCAUCUGCUGUAGAAACUGAAAUCCAAUUAGUAUUUGUAUCUGAGGAAGAAGAAGAAGAAGAAACCUAAAGCCUGGAACUAGUUUUUUUGCAAACAAAACAAAAGUUAUGGAUGAAAUAAAUAUUUUUGUAACUGUCAAA